GUCUGCAGGAAACAUCGCCCAACAUGUGAGUACCGCCGGCAUGAUGGGCAGAAAGUACGCAUCGCAAAAGACGCACAACGGGGUGCGGGAUAUUGGACGUACUAGAUGGAGCAAUGUCGGAUGUUUGACGGCGAGACGAUGUCUGGCGGCCAGACCUGAGGGAAGCAUGGAUCGGUGGGCAGCUGCGUUGUGAAGGCCUAUGGAGCAACACGGGUUGCGAAAGACGCUGCUGCCAAAGGAAAACUGUUGCAAGCGGCAAUGCUGGACAAAGCAAAGGAUGCUCGUUGUUCAACGCCAGAUCUGCAAUUCUGCCACGAGUAUGGUCGACUUUGGACUGCGGCGGUUCCCUCCCUCUUAUGCAACUCGUUCAGACAAUACAGGACUGCAGCUAACCUUACCUUGAUCAAUUUCAGGAAGCUGAACUUCGCUAACCCGGCAACGGGUGCUCAAAAGAGCAUCGAAAUCGACGAUGACCGCAAGACCCGCAUCUUUUGGGAGAAGCGCAUGUCCCAAGACGUCGAGAUCGACGCCCUUGGUGACGAGUGGAAGGGCUACGUUGUCCGCAUUGGUGGCGGUAACGACAAGCAGGGUUUCCCCAUGAAGCAGGGUGUCCUUGUCCCAUACCGUGUCCGUCUUCUACUUGGCGAGGGCCACUCAUGCUACCGCCAGCGCCGCGCGGGUGAGAGGCGCAGGAAGUCGGUCCGCGGCUGCAUCGUUGCUGCCGACAUCCAGGCCCUCCACCUCAUCAUUGUUAAGCAGGGCGAGCAGGAGAUCCCUGGCCUUACGGAUGAGGCCUCGAUCCAGCCUAAGCGUCUCGGUCCUAAGCGUGCCAACCACAUCCGCAAGUUCUUCAACCUCAACAAGGAGGACGAUGUCCGCAAGUUCGUCGUUCGCCGUGAGGUUACUGGUAAGAAGGAGGGUGCCAAGCCAUACACCAAGGCCCCGAAGAUUCAGCGUCUCAUCACACCUGGGCGGCUGCAGCGCAAGCGUCACCUCCGGUCGCUCAAGAUCCGCAAAACCGAGGCACAGAAGGAGCAGAAGGCCGAGUACGAGAAGGUUGUUGCUCAGCGCCAGGCAGAGAAGAAGGCGGCUGUGCAGGCACACCGGGAGGCUGCCAAGGCUGCCAGGAAGGCCUAAAUCUGCAAACGAGGGCAACUAGUUGCCGGACUGUCUGCAAAGGUCUUGGCAGUCAUCGUAGUAUGAAAAAAUGGGCAACAGGAAUGGCUUCGACUCUCGUUGCGUCCACUUUAUCCGAGCGCCGUCGAUUUGCAACGCACAGCAAGGACGCGAUGCGCUGGUGCGUCGUCUGUGCCAUUACAACUCGCACCUGUCCCUUGUCAAGCGACAUGAGCAAUCUUGUGCUGCGAGGGACGACGAAGCAUGGUCGUGUUUUCUCCUUGUAUGAACAUGAUACAAUACACAAUACUAGGCAUCUGACUUCU